AUUUUUGUUCAAGUAAUUAUUUGUUAGACCAUUAAAUAGGUCAGUGGUCUGUGACAAUAUGCCUUUAAAACACUAGGUUACCGUAGUUGAAAACGCGUUGAGGAGUUUCUAAACAACUAUUCCCAAUUUGCAGCGUGAAUUUCCACUGACACAUUAGACGUAGAACAGUCAAGGUAACACGAUGGUGACAAUUGUGACGCCCAAAAGCCUCUUGGUCUACCUGCUGCCUAUAUAUCUAUUUAAUGUGUUCCUCUGAUGUUGGCUGUUUGGGUGUCGUCCCCAACGGCCGCUGAGUCACCGCCGAUGCUAUUUUACCGUGACCACAAAAUGUCCUCAGGAAGAGAUAAAUUAACAAGGGACACCAAUCAAAGAACUGACAUCGAGAACAUCUCGAGAAGACAGCUGCAAAAUGCCAGAUGAUCUAGAGACCCCUGUCUCGGGGCCCGUCUCCUGUGACUUCAUCUUGUUAUUUGACAAAGGUUCCGGCAGCAAAAAUGUUUCUUAUUUUAUGGUCGACCCGUGCAACUCAGGUCGUAUUUUCCCCAAGAUGAACACAAUCAGGAUGAACGUGGUCAAAGACCUCAGUAGUUACAAGACUGCGGUCAAAGACAACAUGCUUUAUAUCAUGGGAGGCAAAGAUUGGAACACCGGUUCGCACAUCGCCGCUAUGUGGCGUUUCGAUCCAGUGACCAAUCAGUGGAUUCAACUCUCACCAAUGAUAACCGCCAGGUGUCGCUUUACUGCAGAAGUUAUAGGAGAUUUUAUUUAUAUUAUUGGCGGAGAGACGUCUAGUGGGCGAAUCACGGACUCUAUGGAGCGCUACGACACCACCACAGACACGUGGUACGAGUGCCCCGACCUGCCCCGCCCCCGGGCCGACCACGCCAGCUGUGUGUUGGGGGACAGGCUGUACGUGUCUGGGGGAAUCAGCAACCUCAAACACCAGUCUUCUGACGUCUUCUGGAUAUACGAGCCGCGGUCCGAGGAGUGGACAGACACCCCAGACGACUUCCACAUGCCGCGAGACCUGGAGAAACACAGCAUGGUCCCAGUGGGCGCCUCGCAGAUCUACGUACUCAAAGGAAGAGGGUUCGACAAAUCAAGCUGUAUGGAAAAAGAUGAGGAAACCAUGUUCAUCUACAACGAACACACCACUGACACCACCCCGAGAUGUCCCUUGUGGGAUACUAACCUUCCGGUCGUCUCUAAACCAUGCAGCAACGGAGCAGCUUUUCUGCUAGGAGACGUAAUUUGGACGAUUGGUGGAAGAAGUCACCAGAAAGACGAGCAGGUCAAAGUGGUCCAGUGUUUUGACACUAAACGACGACGGUGGCGCGACGCCUUCAGCCUGCCAGACGGCAAUUACAUGAACGUGGACGUGUGCAAACUGCGCAUUUCAUCAAACAACAAAGACUUUUCUCUCAUGGACAGAUUUAUCUACAAGCGCUGGAUUAUGUGGUGAUUUCAGUAUACCAUGUCGUGAUACAGAAAAAAACGUGUGUUUGUUAACUUAAGGUGUGGUUUUAUGAUUGCACUUGCAGUAACAAUUUGUCGUAUGCUAUUUUGAUUGGUCGAAAGUUCCCCAAUCAGCUUGUUCCAAUCGUUUUAACACCUUCACUGCUUGUUGGGUUCAGCUAAAUCUCUUACUACUCGGUCUUACAUUACAUUUACUGUUACAUUUCUGAGUUUGCUGCAAUUUUAAAGAUUUAAGAUGUUUUGACUAAAAGAGACUUUUUAACGAUUGUAAUUACAUAUCAAAUAUG